AUGUCGGAUACUGGAGAUUGGUGUCUCAUUGAAAGUGACCCAGGUGUCUUUACAGAGUUAAUAAGAAAAUUUAACGUUGAAGGCAUUCAAGUUGAGGAAGUUUGGAGCUUGGACGAACAAACCUUGGAAGAUCUCAAGCCUGUUUAUGGUCUCAUAUUCUUGUUCAAAUGGCAAGGGGGAAACGAUAGUUCACAGCAUCAUCCCGAUGCUGAUUUGAAUAUAAAUGAACAAGUCUAUUUUGCUAAACAAGUAGCUAUUGAGUUUAUUCUUUCUACUCUAAUUGAUCGAUAUCUAAUUGAAAAUAAUUCUGCAGAAGAUCUUGAUGCCUUUAGAGAAUUCACAAAAGAGUUUGAUCCUUAUAACAAAGGCUUAACGAUUACAAACAGCGAAAUUAUACGAUCUGUACAUAAUAGUUUUGCUAGAUCAGAUCCUUUUGUGUCCGAUUCAAAGGUAGCCGCUACAGAAAAAGAUGAUUUGUUCCAUUUCAUUUCUUACGUGCCAAUUAAUGGUGCAUUAUUUGAAUUGGAUGGACUUAGUGCUGGACCAGUAAAUCUUGGUCCUUGUACAGAAAACGAUUGGUUAGAUAAAGUUCGACCCGUAAUACAGGAGAGGAUGGCACGCUACACAUCGGCAGAAAUUCGUUUCAAUCUAAUGGCAUUAAUCAAAAAUCGAGAAGUCGUAUACAGGGAACGUAUAUCAGUCUUGGAUGAACGUAUACGGGAAACUACUGGAAAUAAUAAUGAGCAAGACAUCAUUGAAAAGGAGCUUUUGUUGCAAAAAAUAGACUUGGAAAAAGAAAAGUUCCGGAGAUAUGAGGUUCGUAAGUUUAAACAUCAGUUGCAGAUUGUUAUGAUUAAUCAUACGUGA